CCACACCCCCACGCCCUAGAGUGGUCGGUCAGUGAUUGUGCUGGCUGUGUCUCAUUGGGCAGGCGAAUAUAGGUGAAUAUAAGCGGUGGUGAAUUUUAAUCUGUUUGUGUGGCUGCGGGCAGAAAUUUCUGGAAAAAUGUCGUCGUUGUACAGGCCGUUCUCCGUGUCGGACGGGCCGUGUAAAGAUGCGGUUUUGAGGCAGGGAUGCAGGUCUCAGCAGCAGCAGCAGCAUCAUCCUGCGGCGCUGACCUCGAUUCCGCCGUCAUGUCGUCUAGCAGGCAUCUUUGGUGGAGCUGAGGCGAGCAAGUGUGCGCCAGUUCACCAUCUGUGUGCGGGGCAGAGGAGUUUAGCGGCCGCCGCAGUGGGAGGAAGAAAGCUUACCCAUCCGGGAAAGGCUAUUCUCGCAGGUGGGAUUGCAGGAGCCAUAGAGAUCUGCAUCACCUUCCCCACGGAGUAUGUGAAGACCCAGCUCCAGCUGGAUGAAAGGGCCAAUCCUCCUCGAUACAGAGGGAUAGGAGACUGUGUAAGGCUGACUGUGCAGGACCAUGGACUAAGAGGUCUAUACAGAGGCCUGAGCUCACUUCUCUAUGGCUCCAUUCCUAAGUCUGCAGUUCGGUUUGGCACAUUUGAGGUCUUGAGCAACCCAAUGCGAGAUGAUAACGGUCGCCUUGAUAACACUCGUAGCUUGCUGUGUGGGUUGGGAGCAGGUGUCACUGAAGCGAUAGUAGUAGUCUGCCCAAUGGAGACGCUAAAGGUGAAGUUAAUCCAUGACCAGUGCUCUCUUCAGCCACGAUACCGGGGCUUCUUCCACGGUGUACGUGAAAUCAUCCGUGAUCAAGGGGUUCGGGGGACAUACCAAGGACUAACUGCUACAGUGUUGAAACAAGGGACCAAUCAAGCUAUACGCUUUUACGUUAUGAACCUUCUACGCAAUUGGUACAAAGGUGAUGACCCCAGUCGAGAUAUGCAUCCGCUAGUCACAGCCGUUUUUGGAGCAACUGCAGGAGCUGCAAGCGUUUUUGGGAACACUCCCCUAGAUGUGGUGAAGACCAGGAUGCAGGGCCUGGAAGCCUAUCGCUACAAGAACACUCUAGACUGUGCUUUCCAGAUACUGAAGAACGAGGGCCCUCAAGCGUUCUACAAGGGUACGCUCCCACGGCUAGGCCGGGUGUGUCUGGACGUGGCCAUCGUCUUUGUCCUUUACGAGGAGGUUGUGAAGCUCCUGAACCAAGUGUGGAGGACUGACUGAAGAGGGUUAACAGCAGGCUCUAGUGAAAAAGAGGACUAUGCAGACCCAGUUGGCUGUGUCACUCAUGUGAAGAGCGCAAGUCUUACCCUGACCCCUGGCUGAGAGCACUGGAUUAUGCAGCCAUCUGUGUGUGCAUGCUUUACCCAGCAGAGUGAGAGCAUGAGAGGGGAGGCAGCAAGAGAAUAAAUCCUCUCACGUGUGGUGUUUCGAUGCACAGUAUAUUGCUAACCUUUCUGCCUAGCAUACGUACGUAUCAUACAGCUGCACUUAUCACUUAAUGUAAAACCAUGCAAGUGUCUUCACCACCAUGCUCUUACUCCCAUUUGUCCACUGCUUAUGUGGCGAAACCAAAAGAUGAGAACCAAGCGCACACAAUUCCCCUCCUCCCAAUUUACUUGUACUAACAUGGCUAUGUUUUGUUUUUUAUAUAUAUAUUUGUUGCACUGAAACAUUUUAUCAAAGUGUGGAAAACUAUUGAUAGAUGUAUAUGAUGGCUUUUUUUGUACAACUUUAGUGUUUCCCUUCUGUCAUUUCCUCCUGAGGCUGGACUUGUGAUAUGAUUCUGCUGUUCAGACUGUCAGUUUUACUAACAGUUUAUUCAUGGUGAGCUUAACAAUGUUUGUCACUUUCCUUCACAAAUGCAAGACAGAGAAAACCAAACAAAAUAAAAUAAAAAAAUAAAGCACCAGUGUCAAAAUA